CAAGCGUUUCAAGUUGUAAUUGAGUGUGAAAGUAGCGUCUUAGUAGGCUCCAUUGCCAUAUUAUACCCUCGAUCGUAUAACAGUUUUGUGAAUGGACUAUUUCUAUUGUCUGGUAAGAAGCCAGUAUUCCAAGGAUUAAUGCUAUUCCACUAUGUGCUCUGGCAAAAAUACUAGGAAACAGCGAAAUAAUUAUUGCUCACCAGUGGCAGUGACAUGAAUGCUACCACGGACGAGUGCGGCUAUAGCCCUUUGCACUUGGGUGCUGAACAUGGUGAUACUGCUUUUGUACGUCUUCUUCUCAAAUCCGGAGCUCAAGUGGACUAUCGUCCGGAUACGUCAGAAGAAUUUCCCGAAAAUACCCUUUGUGAUGAACCCUUGAGACUGGCCAUUAGAAAUAAGCAUAAGGAUAUCGCUAGACUAUUACUAGAACACGGCGCUGACCCUAAUAAACGUUAUUUUUUCGGUUCCGAAAUUAAUUUAGUAAGCGAUUUGGAAUUCUUGGAACUUCUACUUACUUUUGGAGCUAAUCCCGAUAGCAAGGAUCGUUCAGGACUUAAUCCUCUUAUGAAGGCUGUAAAACAACGUAAUAAUAUGGAAGUUAUCGUACUUCUUCUAAAGCAUGGAGCUGAUGUAAACGCUAUUACCGAUCAAAGACAUGAUUACAGAACGGUCCUACAUUACGCAGUUGUUUCAGGAAACAUUAACAUAAUUGAUUUGAUGAUUAAACAGGGAGCUAAACCGAACUAUGACAAAGAUUUCGACUUGAAAAAACCGAGCCCUUUGGAUUUGGCUAUACUUAAAGGUGAUCCAAAUAUCGUGGAAUUGCUAAUAAGAUCAGGUGCAGAUGUGAAUUGCAGUUCUCCUAUCAUUGGAUCUCCUCUUCACGUAGCUUGUGCUGAAGGGAUUCCUAAUAGAUAUGAUAUCUUAACAUUGUUGUUGGAGGCUGGAGCGGAUCCAAAUUUGAAAGUUUUCACAGAUGAUUUUGAUUAUAGUUCCCAAUUGAGGCCGGUUUUGGUUGAAUACAUUGCUAGUAACGAACGUCUCAACAUGGCUAUAGUCAAAAUGCUCAUUACAUAUGGAUCCAGGGUUAUAAUGAAAACUCAAUUUCGUGAUCCAGACGGCAUGCUGAACUACCUCAAAAAUGUAGCUUCCAACGAAAACAUCUUCUUUAUACUACUUGAAGCAUGCGAAGCUUUCGAUCCUUGCUUGAUCAGACGAAAUCAAGUCAUGUCACCCAAACAAAAAACGAAGCUUCUAGAGCUGUCCAAGUAUCCUCUGACGUUAAAAAAACAAAUCAGACUGUACAUGAGGAAGCUCAUUGGAUCGAAACUUCUGCAUUCUGCUAACGGAUUCGAUAUUCCUCAUUGCUUGAAGAAGUAUCUCCUUUUCGAUUAUAGUUGAGGAAUUAUUUGAGUUAUAGUGAUUAGUGAUUUGCUUUCGUGGUGAUAUUGUUAGAGAAACCAUGUUUCUAUAAUAUCUUUUUUCCAUUUUUUUUUUGGAAAUUUUAUGGAUUGCCUUAUUUAACAAAUUCAUAACCCAAAUUAACAUUAUCCAUAAUUGAUUAACUCAAUUUAGAAGUUGUUCUUUGUGUUCAAUUUAACAAAUGGUGGUCAUCAAGUACUUGACAAUAAAAUUUAAAAUCUAAAGAUAAUUAAAAUUUCAACGCCAUAAGACCUCUAAUAUUACCUCUAAUAUUACAUGAUGGUGGGCGAUGAUGAUGGAAAUAAAAAUGUGUCGCCAAAAAGUUGCAAAUAUUGUAAAAAAGAUGUGGUUAGUGUUGGUGCAAAAUGUGUAAAGUGUGAUGAGGUGUUCCAUACAUCAUGUGCCUAAAGGGUAGCCGGAUUGGUUGCAGUUGGGCGAAAUAAUUUGGUGAAAUGUUGUGUGAAACAAGAUGAGGUUAUGAGUGAAAAUGUGCAAAUGCUUUUAGAAGCCAAUAAAGAGAUAAUAAAAGGUAGAGAUGAGAUAGUCCUUGAAUUAAAAGCUAAGGAAGGUCUUUUAUACAGUAAUAUAAAGUUACUUGAAGAAAAAAUAGCCAAACUAUCGUGCAGAGGUGCGAAAAAUCCCCGUCGACAUCAUAUGCGUCCUCAGCGGCAGUGGGAGGAAAAAAUGCUAAUGCAACAGUUGCUAACAAAGUAUCAUCUGGAUACAGUGGAUUGCAAGCCUCAACAUUACAAAAACAAAACCAAAUUGGAAACCAAAACAAGCCCACAAAUCAUAACCUCAAAAUUAGAACAUCAGCAGUGGAGGUGAACAAAGACAAUAAAAUUACCCCACAACUGGUAAACACGGCUAUCAUGCAGGCGCAAACUCUAAAUAAAAUGCAAGAAAUCCAUAGUCUUGGUAACCAUGCCCCGGGUGCUGAAGAAGACAAUAAUGGAUGGCAACAAGGUAGACGUAGAACACGAAGGUUUGUUGUUGGACGAAACGAGGAAGGAAAUAGUAUGCAGACAGUACCCAAGUAUACAUCAAUGCAUGUGACUAGGCUUGUUCCGGGAAUACAACCUGAACAGCUAACAGCAUACUUGGACGCAAACUUACCUGGAGUUCAGUGCGAAAAGCAUGAGUCUAGGCAUCCCAAUCUCUACACCUCAAAGAAGGCCACUAUAAGACAGGAAGACCUAAAAAAUGCAUGGAAACGUGAAGUCUGGCCCAAUGGUGCUGUUGUCUCUAAUUUUUUUACCAGGAGGAGGAUGCUGCCACUUCAAGCAGAUCCUCAGACAUUAUAAAAACAAAAACAAAUAAAAAUGACACACUCAUAAAAAGAAAUCAAGGAAAUAGAUCAGAGUUGAGGAUUUACUCAAAAUGUUAGAGGCCUUCGAACAAAAGUAGACGAUUUCUAUACUAGCGUCUUGGCUGAGGAUUAUGACAUACUAGCUAUAACGGAAUCAUGGCUCAUGGACGGCAUUGGAGAUGCCGAAGUGUUUGAUGACAGAUACCACAUUGUCAGAAAAGACAGGGAUAAUGGCCAAUUAAGGGGUGGAGGUGUAGCAAUUGCAAUAAAGAAAAAAUAUAUUGUUGAAAACAUACCUGUAAACUGUGAUAUCGAGUGCUUACUGGUAAAAGUAAAGUCUAAUAAGAAUAUUUUCUACCUAUGUUCCGUUUAUAUUUCUCCUUAUACAUGUUUAGAAAGUUAUGUGCAAUUUUUAAAUGUCUUUGAAAACAUUUUGGAUAAAAAUGUGGAUGUUCUCAUUGUAGGAGAUUUUAAUGUACCAACCUAUGUCAUUGGUGAGUGUGAAAAAAGUAUUUUAAUAAAUGAUUUUUUAUCCCUGUAUGAUCUUAAGCAAUGUAAUACAAUCUGUAACCAUAUGCAAAGAAAACUGGAUUUGGUGCUUUCAAAUAUUCACUCCAUAGAACUUGGAAAGUGUAACAGCCCUAUGGUACCUGAGGAUUUUGUAUCAUCCCUCACUUGACAUAACUGUUAGUCUUGCUCGUAUGGACAAGCAAAAUAACCUUAUAAGCCCAGUGGCGUAGCUAAACCAAACGAGGCCGUCGGCGACAUACGAAUUGCGAGGCCCUUUUUAUGUAGGGUGGCAGUGGCGG